UUACACAAAUUAGGUCAAUAUCAUUUUUAUCCCCUUGUUCAGCUGACAGGUGAUGAUGUCACAACUUUUCAAAUGUCUAAAAUAUUCCUUAUUUUCUUACCCACACAACUGUUUUUUUGGCACACAAACAAACCGAGCUGUUUUUGUUGUUGACCCAGCGUGUCUCUCACUGCUGUACUGUUUUCUCAAAUCCCCACAGGAGAGUUUAGGAGCCAAGUUUCCACAGAUUAAGUUAUAUUUAGCUCCAAAAGUUCUCAUCAGAAUUGAAAGUGGACAGUCAUUUUAUUUUAACUCUUACGCACAAACCUGUGACCGUCAAUGUUCAGCCACUCAGGUAAAAUUAAUUAAACGAUCAUUUAAAUUGUUUGAGGCUUAACUUCUGUCCGCCUCAUUAACUUGGCAUUCAGGGAGUGACAGACACAGGAUGUGGUUACCGUGGUGACGAACCUCUGGCAGCAGCUUUAACAUUUCUUCUGAUCUUGUUUCUCUUUACCCYCCUUCAGCUCAGACAGCAAAACGUUUGACUCUAUUUUCGUUCCUGCAGAGUUAAGUUAUUUAUGGCAGCUGCUGCGUCGUUGUUUCAAAAAUCUUCUGGCACAAAUAACACCUCAGUGUUGUUUUUGGUAAUGUUACAGUGACAGAAAGUUUUCAGURACACUGCCUUCCCGUGGUGUCCUCUGGAUGACUCUGUCCCUGAGGGGUUUUGGUGAUCAGGUCUGGUGGUUCCCUGCGCACACACGCGCCUCGCCGCGCCCCUCAGCUCCGUGAUGCUGAGCUCACAGAGGGCGGUCCAGGCGCAGGGAGACAGAGAGCUACGUGUUGCUGCGCAGCAACAGAUAGAAAAGAAGAUACAGAGAGAGAGAGAGAGAGGAGAGAGAGAGAAAGAGAGAGAGAGAGAGAGCGCACGAACAGGGAAACAAAAAGGAAUCCCCCCCAUCAUCACUCCUCCUCUUCGCUUAAAACAAUAAAAAUAAAAACCAGCAUCGCGGUUCCUCUAAUGGCUCCCAGGAUGCACAGGCAGAGAUGUGGCUCGUACCCGCGGCUGGAGGCGGUGUGAGAGCAUGCGGGAUGAGAGGAGAGAGCAGCUGCUGCCAGCCUCCCUGCGGGUGGAUGUGAGGCUGUUGGCGGAGCGGGUCCUCUCUGUUUGGAGAGAAAAUCUUUUUUUAACAGCGCGCCGGUUCGUUCKGGGAGAGCGUCMUCCUCCUCCUCUUCAUCCUCAUCUUCCUCCUCUGUUCAUGGUAACAGAAAGGAGACGCGCCUGUUUGGAGCCCAGAGGACAAAGGUCUCUCCUGCGGGAGCAGAGCCCCGGGUGAAGCCCCAACGGCGGGAUGAUCCAUCAGAGAAGACACGGAUCCUUCCUGGAGGAGAACCAAGCGAACUGAGCGAACCUUAAAAUAUGACGGGUCACGUCCUGGAAGAUCCGGGCAGCGGGGCUMACGCGGAGGACCGCGCGGCCAUCCGCAUCAACGUGGGCGGCUUCAAGAAGCGGCUCCAGUCUGACACCCUCUCCCGGUUCCCCGAGACCAGGCUCGCGCGCCUCCUCCAGUGCCGGUCCACCGAGUCCAUCCUGGAGCUGUGCGACGACUACGACGAUGCGGAGAAGGAGUUCUACUUCGACAGAAACCCGGCUCUGUUCCCGUACGUGCUGAAUUUCUACAACACGGGGCGGCUGCACGUCAUGGCCGAGCUGUGCAUCUUCUCCUUCAGCCAGGAGAUCGAGUACUGGGGCAUCAACGAGUUCUUCAUCGACUCGUGCUGCAGCAGCGCCUACCACUGUAGGAAGAUGGACCAGGACCGGGAGGACUGGGACGAGCGCAGCGACGAGGGCAGCACCACGUCGUCCUUCGACGAGCUGCUGGAGUUUUACAACGACGCCACCAAGUUCGACAAGCAGGUGUGCGGGAGCGCGCGGAGGCGCGUGUGGCUGAUGCUGGACAACCCGGGUUACUCCGUGGCCAGCCGCAUCAUCAGCGUCCUGUCCAUCCUGGUGGUGCUGGGCUCCAUCGCCACCAUGUGCAUGAACAGCAUGAGUGAGUUCAGCCUGUUGGACCCUGAGGGUCAGCCCAUGGAGGACCCGCGGUUCGAGACCGUGGAGCACUUCGGGAUCGCCUGGUUCACUCUGGAGCUGGUGGCCCGGUUCGCCGUGGCCCCGGACCUGCUGCACUUCUUCGACCACCCGCUGAACGUCAUCGACCUGGUGUCCAUCCUCCCCUUCUACCUGACGCUCCUCAUAAACCUGGUGGUGGAGAGCAGCCCGGCGCUGGCCAACCUGGGCCGGGUCGCGCAGGUUCUGCGGCUGAUGAGGAUUUUCCGCAUCCUGAAGCUGGCCCGUCACUCCACGGGCCUGCGCUCCCUGGGGGCCACGCUCAGGAACAGCUACAAAGAGGUGGGCCUGCUGCUGCUCUACCUGGCCGUGGGGGUCUCCUUCUUCUCCGUCAUCGCCUACACRGUGGAGAAGGAGGACACGGAGGACCUGUCCACCAUCCCGGCCUGUUGGUGGUGGGCCACCGUCAGCAUGACCACCGURGGCUACGGGGACGUGGUGCCCGUCUCCAUAGCGGGCAAACUGACGGCCUCAGCCUGCAUCCUGGCCGGGAUCCUAGUGGUCGUGCUUCCCAUCACGCUCAUUUUCAACAAGUUCUCUCUCUUCUACAAAAGACAGAAGCAGCUGGAGAUCGCCAUGAGGAGCUGCGAUUUCGACGAGGGCGUCAAGGAGGUUCCCUCCGUCAACCUGAGGAACUAUUACGCGCACAAAGUGAAAUCCCUCAUGGCCAGCUUGUCCAACAUGAGCCGGAGUUCCCCCAGUGAACAGAGUCUGAACGAGUCCCUGCACUGAGACGGACUCAGCAGACCCCCCACCCCCGGCUCCAGAUCAGUGGGGUGGGGUCUGAGUGAGGAGCUGUCCAGGGUGCUGACAGCCGGAAAAGCUGCUUCCCUCCAAACACGUG